GCGAGCCGGUAACGCGGCAUUCCAGCUCUAGCUCGUGUCGGUGUUGGACGUGGGUCCCUUUGUUUUCUCUUUCCUUGACAAGUUCAUUCACCUGCAUCAUGAAAGCUUUGGCGGCACUCGUGGCCCUGGCUCUCGUCGGCGCGAGCGUGGCCAUGCCCUUCCAGCCGCAGCCCAGGCAGUUCAUGUACCAGGACGGCUCGCCCUCCGUCAAGCUCUACCCCGUGUACCCCGAGAGGUCGUCGGCCAUGGGGGCAGAAAAAUUGCCGAGACCCGCCAGACUCGACACCAGUUUGGAAGAUUUGUUCGAGCUGGAGUUUGAGGAGGAGGACGAGGAGCCGGAAAUGAUGGACGAGGUUGAGAGGGAAAUGAUGAACGCGAAGCCAAUGGUCAUGGGUGAGGAGAUGAAGCCGGAGAUGGAGAUGAAGCCGGAGAUGGAGAUGAAGCCGGAGAUGGAAAUGUCGAUGUCAGGAAUGAUGGUGAUCCCUGAGAUGGAGAUGAAGCCAGAGAUGGAAAUGAAGCCGGAGAUGGAGAUGUCGAUGUCAGGAAUGAUGAUGAAUCCUGAGGAGAUGAAGCCCAUAAUGAUGACGAACGACGAAAUGGAAAUGAAGCCGGAAAUGAUGGCGAAGCCGGAGAUGGAAAUGAUGCCAGAAACUGAGAUGAAAUCGCAAGCCAUGGAAACGAAGCCAGAGAUGGAAAUGACAGAAGAAGUGACCAUGACGCCAGAGAUGGCGAUGACGAUGGCCGAGAUGGAGGCCACGUCCGAAACGACGAUGAUGCCCCCAAUGAUGAACGAAAUGGACGAAAUGACAAACACGGAAACCGCCAUGAAAAAGGACGCGGCGCACGACGCGACCGAAACCGAAGAACCGGCAGCAGAACCUGAGGCAGAACCGACACCGCAGCCUGCAGCCGAACCCGAGCCCGAACCAGCAGCCGAACCCGAGCCCGAACCAGCAGCCGAACCCGAGCCCGAACCAGCAGCCGAACCCGAACCCGAACCAGCAGCCGAACCCGCCCCCGCCGAGGAGAAGAGCGAGGUGAUAAACGAGGAAGUGGAAACGACCACCGUCUUGGGCGUCGACAGCGACAACGAGGCUAUGCAUGAAAAUAAUGACGUCAUAGUCGAGGCCAGUGACGUCAUGUUCGACCCCACGACGAUGGCGCCCGCGGAGGAGGUGGAGAAGGAUACGGCGACGGAGAGUUUUCUAGCAACCGAGGAGAAUGAAGCUCUUUAGUUCCGGAAAAAAACUCUUGCAGGACAAGACGGGAGGGGAAGGUGUUGGGGGGGGAUAACUUUCACGCUCGAUCUAGGCCUUUCGUGUGUCUAAAGGCCCUUUAGUCACAAUGUGGGUGGAUAUUUCCUUCCGGGUCUCGUGAUGUUAAAACAUGCAGGUUGUAGGAUACCGUAAAAUUUCAUUUGGUGGGUAGUACAAAGUAAGGUGGUCUUGUCUGUGUGGUUUGGGGAUGAUGAGUAUAAAUGUGUUGAUUUUUCUCAACCUCUUUUAAGAUACACGAUUCCCUCCAAACUUCAUAUGAUGAAUACCUGAUACCGUGCUGAUUAUUUAUGAAAUUUUAUUUUUUCUUACUAAAUAGGUUGUCUUUUCACGAUAUAUGGAUGUAUCAAAGGGUCUUAUUUCAUGUAUAAACUCGCAGAACACAGUGCUUGAUAUAAAACGCGUUUAGUAUAAAAUUUCUGUUGAUUUGUAGGAAAAACAACCGAAGACAAAAGCCAAUGAUUGAGAGAGAGAGAGAGAGAGAGAGAGAGAGAGAGAGAGAGAGAGAGAGAGAGAGAAAGAGAGAGA